GCCUGGGGUUGGUCACUGCCUUCCUGUGUGUGUCCUGGUCUCUGCUGGACUACCACCAGUCUCUGCGCUCCUUCGUGCAGGACAAGUACGAGCUGAGCCUGGGCUCUUCCAUCAUCUACUUCCUGUGGAACCUCCUCCUCAUCUGCCCCCGCAUCCUGGCCGUUGCCCUCUUCGCCCUGCUCUGGCCCUACGGCGUGGCUGUGCACUUCCCACUGGUGUGGCUGGCCAUGUUCCUCUGGGUCAGCCUGCAGGGCACUGACUUCAUGGAGUCCCCCUGCCCCGAGCAGCUUUACCGGGCCGUGGUGGCCGUGAUCCUCUACUUCAGCUGGUUCAACGUGGCCCAGGGCAGGACGCUGUACCGCAGCAUCAUCUACCACAGCUUCAUCCUGCUGGACAGCUCGCUGCUGGCCCUGGCCUGGCUCUGGGGCCGGGCUCCCUCUGAGGAGCACUCCUACCUCCUCCUGGUGCUGGCUGCUGCCCUGCCCUGCUACCUGCUGGGGCUGGGGCUCAGGGUCACCUACUACAAGUGGCUGCACCCCAAUGUGCAGGUGCAGAAGGAAGGCAGAUACGACGAGGUGGAUGCCAGUGGAGGGGAGGAUGGGGUGGAGUUUCGCUCGUUUUUGGAACCAGACCUUGUGAACAGGCGGAUGCAGUAUCUGGCCCAGACCCACCUCUCCUUGUCCCAGCUGGCACAGCAGCACUUCCUGAAUGGGGCU